AUGAAACGCCAACGGACACUUCCCACGUCGGCUUGGACGAUACUGUGGGGAAUGGGACAAUCAACCGGGGUUUAUCUGGGUACCGUGCCGACGCCAGUCCACGCCUGGGUGCCCCCUCUCACGAGACCGCAUAUUCGACCCAUACCACCCUCCGUACGUGCCGUUCUCGUUGACGCCCAACACACCUCCCAACCAUCGCCCGUACCUAACGACGUGCGACACAGUCUACGUACCUGUGUAUCUCUCGUGGAGCUACAGAGACGUUACGACGAACUACUCGAUAACCUUCCCGUACGCUCGCGUCCACGAUGGACGGCGGCGGCGUUGAAACGCACGGUACAGCUGUUGGCCGUCGACCCCAACAACAACAACAACAACAAUCAACACACUACCCGAACGGGACACCCAUUCCUAUCGACGCUCCUUAAGACGGUAGACACGGCUGUCGUGUCUUCCGCAGAACUCACAGGCAAUAACGGUCGGCCGAAUCCAUGUUUUUCCACAAAUCUGUCGCUCUACACACUCUGUGAUGUCUUGACCUCGCUUUCUAUACUCGCCAUUCGCACGGAAUGCGGAUACGGCAACACUCACGUUCACGAAUUCCACAAUAGACUCCAAACACUGGCACAGAAAAUAUGGAACCACUUGGCCGAACGCUCCGAUAUUGUUCUCCGUCAAGCGGGUCCCAAACGAUGGGUGGACUGCCUCCGAUCGUCACUUUGCCAUCGAUUGACCCGCGGCGAUGCCCUCGCGCAACUUUCGGCCCGUGACCUUACCGCCGUGUUACAAGCGCUCGCGGCCUCCCGAUUGGACCACGCCGCCGAACGGAACCUCCUUCGCGCCGUGGCGCGUCGUUUGCGCAAAAAAUCCGUACGAGUGAACGCCUCGGAUGCCACGCUUGCCCGGGCCGCCGCCGCGGCAGUACUACUCGCUUCACGGAAUGUUGACGACGAUAUCGCCACGACCGACGUGCACGAACUACAAACCCUCGUGUAUACCGUUACCAAAGAUCUGGUCGCCCACGCCAAGGAAUCUAACGAGGCGAGAGCGGUCUCGGAAUUGGUAGCGACACUAGUUUCCUUGUCGGCCUUUGCCGUCCCAACCGACGAUCCGUUGGUACGGGAUGCGUACCAAUGGCUCACGCAACGUGCCUUGCAAAGUCCCGAGACGUGGACGGUCACGGACCUGGCACGCUUUGCGGAAGCAUCCGUAUCCUGGAAUCUACCCGCAACCAACGAACUGGCACAAGUGCUGGCUACACACUUUGGUAGUCUUGUUGCCGUAGCGGCCCCGAAUUUUCCUUGCCAGCCGUCGCACGUGAAUGAUAUUUUGCGCUGCGCCGUAUUGCUCCACGGCCGUGACGACUCGAUUAUGAAAAUGUACCGGACGACAGCCCGGACGCUCUUUCUAGACGAAAAGUUUUUGGGAAAAUGUGAGAUGCGGGAACUAUCGAACUAUGCGUGGUUCAUGAGCGCUGCAAAAUGGAACGAUGACCAAGUGUGGGAGGCUUUGGGGAACGAAAUUCUACGCCUGGAACAUACGGAGGAAUGUUCGCCCAAAACGGCCUGCCGAGUACUGCGAUCGUUCACCAACCAAGCCUCGUACGCUGAAAGUGCACCCCAGCAAGUCUCACGUCGGUCGGAAAUGCUCUUUUGUUUGUUCCGAAACCUCGGUGAACCCUUGCUCUCCACACAAAUUUCUACCCGCGAUGUGACGUCGGCCAUCUACACGUACGCCAAGGCGCUGUACGUUGACGAUAUGGGGAUUUUUGACCAUCUAGUGGAAGUAAUGGUUGCCCGCUUGGACAAUUGCAGCAAUCGUCAGGUCGCCCAGAGUCUCUGGGCUUGCGGAAAAAUGAUGGCUUGGGAAGGGGAACUCGAAAUCGACGACCACCCGGAACCGCCUUACUUGAGCAAUUCCUGGGCGUUGGCUUCCUUUCUCUCUAGCCACGCGGAAGAGCUGUCGACCAAGGACGUGGCACAGGCACUAUGGGCCAUGGCGUAUCUGGGUAUUCGUGACGCUUCCAUUGUGAGCCCCAUCGCCAGUCGCGCCCAUGCAUUAUCUGCGGAACUAACGUCCCAAGAGGUGGCGAACAUCGUCUGGGCACUCUGCAAACUUCAGAGUCAAGACUAUAAGGUAAUUUUUGUUCUGACAAGACGCUUCGGGUUGGACAGUAAGCUGCAACCGACGCCACAGGAAGCUGCCAAUGUAUUAUACGCUCUGGGACGCAUGAACAUUCGAGACGAAGAAGUCUUUCGUAAUUUAUCCUCGGGUAUGAUUCGCCAGAUCAACAUGGCCAGUUCCCAAGCCCUCACGAACGCGAUGUGGGCGCACCGCGCCGUGCACAUUGUUCCACCCCGACUUUUGCUCGAUAGCUGGGCCACCCAAAGGCUCGGACUUGUAGGCGUCCAAUCGCAUUUUAAAGACGACGACCUGAGCGACUACACUGUAGAAUACGACUUGAUUUGA